CGGCUCCGAGAUCGAGGUGGACUCGGCCCGAGGGGAUGCCGUGUGCACGGGCUGCGGCUCCGUGCUGGAGGACAACAUCAUCGUCUCCGAGGUCCAGUUCGUGGAGAACAGCGGCGGGGGCUCCUCGGCCGUCGGCCAGUUCGUCUCCCUCGAUGCGGCAGGAAAAUCUCAAACAGUUGGAGGCUUUCAUGUGAACUUGGGAAAGGAAUCCCGGGCACAGACUCUGCAGAAUGGUAAACGUCAAAUUCAUCAUUUGGGAAACCAGCUUCAACUUAAUCAGCAUUGCCUUGACACUGCCUUCAACUUUUUCAAGAUGGCAGUGAGCAAACAUUUAACCCGUGGGAGGAAGAUGACUCAUGUCAUAGCUGCAUGCCUCUACUUAGUGUGUAGGACGGAAGGCACUCCACACAUGCUGCUUGACCUCAGCGACCUUCUUCAGGUGAAUGUCUACGUGCUGGGCAAAACCUUCCUUCUCUUGGCCAGAGAGCUCUGCAUAAAUGCUCCAGCUAUAGAUCCAUGCUUAUAUAUUCCUCGCUUUGCGCACAUGCUGGAGUUUGGCGAUAAGAACCACGAGGUCUCCAUGACAGCGCUCAGGCUUCUGCAGCAGAUGAAGCGAGACUGGAUGCAUACAGGCCGACGGCCAUCAGGGCUGUGUGGCGCAGCUCUUCUGGUUGCAGCGAGAAUGCACGAUUUCCGGCGUACAGUGAAAGAAGUCAUCAGAGUGGUUAAAGUGGGUGAAUCUACGUUAAGGAAAAGACUUACGGAGUUUGAAGAUACACCUGCAAGUCAGCUAACAAUAGAUGAGUUCAUGACAAUCGAUUUAGAAGAGGAAUGUGAUCCUCCGUCUUUUACAGCUGGUCAACGAAAGCUGAAGAUUCAACAGCUUGAGAAGGAGCUGUCAAAAAAGCUUGAAGAGUUGGAAGGUGAAAUAUCGAGCUACCAAGAUGAGAUUGAGAUUGAGUUAGAGAAUAGCAGGCCCAAAGCCAAAGGUGUUUACGCAAAUUAUAGUAAAGAUGGUUGUGUGGAAGAUAAUAUCUCAAGUAUAUUUGGAGAAGAGGAGGGUGAAGACGAAGAACUGGAAGCAGCUGCAAAUCAUUUAAACAAAGACUUUUACAGUGAACUUCUUGAUAAUGACCAGUCCAAAGAAAAAGAAACUUCUGUAAGGCCCUCGGCUUUGGAAUCGCUUCUUGGCCCCCUCCCAACUGCAGCCAGUCUUGGGAUAACGGAAUCUAUAAAAGAAUGCAUCCUGACAAAAGAUCGAGAUCAUAAUGAAAAUUCUGGAGAUGGUGAAUUGGAUCUAAGUGGAAUUGAUGACAGUGAAAUAGAUAUGUACAUACUUAAUGAUUCAGAAGCCAAAAUAAAAGCAGAACUAUGGAUGAAGGAAAAUGCUGACUAUUUGAAAGAACAGAAAGAAAAAGAAGCAAGGAUAGCAAAAGAGAAAGAACUUGGGAUUUAUAAAGAACAUAAGCCCAAGAAAUCGGCAAAGAAACGGGAGUUGAUCCAGGCCAGCACAGCAGGAGAAGCAAUUGAAAAGAUGCUGGAACAGAAGAAGAUCUCAAGUAAAAUUAAUUACAAUGUGUUAAGGGACCUCAACAGUAAAGGAGGGAGUGCACAGAAGAAGGAUGAUAACAACACUGUUGACAGCAGCAGCACCAAGAAGCUGUCAAGGAGAAAAUCUCUCGCAGCUCGGAAUGUGGCCAACUCUGUCAACAGUGUGGGGAAAAGGUUAAGACCUUUGAUUUCGACACAGCUAGCAAAAAAGCCUGCAACAGAAGAGGCAGUUCUUCAGAAUAGUCCGCCAGAAAGCCAAGAAACUGAAAAGCCAGCCAAUGUACUGGUGGAAACUGGGCCUGUAUCUUAUAAUCAUGAGGAGGACGUGGAAGAGGAAGAAGUUGAAGAGGAGGAUGACCACUGUGUGAGUGCCCUUCAGCUAAUGGGAGGAAAUGAUUAUGGCUGUGAGAUGGAUGAUGACGAGGGCUAUUAAUGUCUUUGUGCCUCCAGACCGAGACAAUGCGACAAGCUACCUGACAACGUAAACAAGCCCUCCUGAUAUCCAAACAGAAGCUCUUCCAUUCAUGGUGGAUUCUGGUCCAUUUCCGUAGAGCUGUUGGCUAGCAUUGGAUUGUGUCCCACUGACCUAUAAACUGGGCUUUGGCUUUGAAAUACUUGAAAUGUUUCUGGAUCAUGUUACGGGACAGGGAUUAACCGAAGGCAUCAACUCCAGAGAACAAAGGAACAAAGGGGAUGAGCCAAAUGGCCAGCACAGUAAAAGCAUAUAAUGUUAGAGCUAUCUUGUGGCUGAUCUGAAGUCAGUUAAUUUUUGUAAAACCACACACACCACCAUCACCACCACCAAUGAGCAAAACCCGUGUGUUGGGGAGGAAAGCUUUUGGAUUUGCAUUGUUGAAACUGGAGAUGAUGCACAUUCAUGGCUAGCAAGAGUCCCCACCCCAUAUUUUUGUGCUGAAAAAAAAAACCACUGGUACAUAAAUAGCAUUGGUGGUGAUUAUGCCCCAGCAUCUUCCCUUUGAAAGCCACCCCAGAUGUGAACUGCCUGCAGCAUUGUCUUAAAGUUAGACAGUUGUUCGGCCAGAGUCUCCUUCCUUGUGUAAGAGAGCAUUAGUACCGUACUUUUUAUGCUUGGAGCAAGGGGAGGAAUACAGUCUGAAUAAGUAACAGGAGGAUGAUUUCUUUAUGAAGGUGACUUGCUGCAUUAAGAGCAAGGACAUCAGUAGUAGUGGCACCAUGCUGGGCGUUUGCUUAAGUUAGAAAAGAGUCCUAAUUCAGAUUCAGGGGAAGUUAAACCAAGCCUUUCUGACAUUCACUGUUUCUGUUAGAUAAAGCAAAGCUUGGAAAAGGGACUUUUGGACUACAACUCCCAGAAUCCCCUACUCACCAGGGCAAAUGGAUUUUAGGAAUUGUAGUCCAAGAAGGAUAUUUUUGCAAGCUCUGAGUUAAACGCAGAGCAAAUGAAUCCAUCGGAGACCAUCUCAGGUUUUUCUGCUGCAUUGUAGGCAUAUGUGUUUCUAAAAUGAGGUGUUGCUUGUCUGGGAGUUCUCAGUUUUUGCCCGUAGCCAGUCUAAGCCAAUCUAUGUGUGACAAAAUGGAUUUUUUUUUUGUUUCCACGAAGAUGUGGUGGGUGUUUAUUUUAUUGCAAACAAACUUUCCCCUUCCCCUUCAUAUAAUUUAAUUUAAUGCUCUUUUUUAGUAAGCUC